AUGGCUCCUAUUCUACUAAACUGUAUGGGAAAUGACAGAAAUACUGAGUACAUCAAAGAACAAGUCCAGGUGAAAAACCCCUACUUGGAUACCAUGGAGGAGGACAUUCUAUAUCACUUCAGCUUGAGUACCAAGACUCACAACCUCCCAGAAAUGUUUGGAGAUAUUAAGUUUGUGUGCGUUGGCGGCAGUGCAAAUCGUAUGAAGGCUUUUGCACAGUUCAUGCACAAUGAACUGGAACUGCCCGGAAACCCAGAGGACAUUAGAGAUAUCUGUGAAGGAACCGACCGCUACUGUAUGUUCAAAGUGGGACCAGUGCUCUCUAUAAGUCAUGGUAUGGGCGUCCCUUCCAUCUCCAUCAUGCUGCAUGAGCUCAUUAAACUGCUGCACCACGCACAGUGUCGUGACGUGGUCCUCUUCCGCCUUGGAACAUCCGGUGGAGUGGGUCUGGCUCCAGGGACUGUGGUAGUCACGGAUAAGGCAGUGGACUACUCCUUCCAGCCCCAGUUUGAGCAGGUGGUUCUGGGUAAAGUCAUCACCAGGAGUACUGAGCUGGAUGAGGGAGUGGCCAGUGAGCUCCUACAGUGCUCCUCUGAACUUCCAAAUCUGCCAGCGGUGAUCGGAAACACAAUGUGCACCCAUGAUUUCUACGAAGGUCAGGGCCGCCUUGACGGGGCUCUGUGCUCCUUCUCUCAUGAAGAAAAGCUGGAGUAUCUGAGGAAAGCUUACGAGGCCGGAGUGAGGAACAUUGAAAUGGAGUCCACUGUUUUUGCCGCUAUGUGCCGAGUCUGUGGCCUUAAAGCGGCUGUGAUUUGCGUUACAUUGCUGAACCGCUUUGACGGAGACCAGAUCACUGCUCCUCAUGAUGUUCUGGUUGAGUACCAGCAAAGACCUCAAGUCCUCGUGUCCCACUUCAUUAAGAAACGUCUGGGACAGAUCGUCUAAGACCCCCUACCGCUCCCACCACAACCUCAACCUCCCUAAAUAACUGUGGAUAUGUAUAUAUAUAUACUGUACUUACCAUGUCGAUAUGUGUAUUAGAGAGUUAUUUAAAACAUUUUUCAGAUUUGUAUGAUUUCUUUGAUCAGAGUAAACUAUU